AGAAGCCGCGUAAGAUACUUCACUCGCUAACAACCAACAUCUUCUCACCCUUUCUUUUCUUUUCCUCUCUCUCUCUCUCUCUCUUCAGCGGCUCUUAAACACCAUUGUCACUUCACCCCUCUUUUAAAAGUCUUCGUAUUCUAUUCUUCACUUUUCCACAUAUAAAAAAAGCCUACAACUUUUCACGGAGUAAUUUGCUAGUAGUACAAAGUCCUUUAGAGGUGGGUGUUGUAGCUUUUGGGAAGGUUGACAUGGAGGAGCGGUAUGAGUCAUUGAAGGAGCUUGGUUCUGGGAAUUUUGGUGUGGCCAGGUUGGCAAAAGACAAGAAGACUGGAGAGCUUGUUGCCGUCAAAUACAUAGAGAGGGGUAAAAAGAUUGAUGAGAAUGUUCAGAGGGAGAUAAUUAACCACCGAUCUUUAAGGCAUCCAAAUAUAAUCAGGUUCAAAGAGGUCUUGCUGACCCCGACACAUUUAGCUAUUGUCUUGGAGUAUGCUUCAGGUGGUGAACUUUUUGAGAGGAUAUGUAGUGCUGGUCGAUUUAGCGAAGAUGAGGCUAGAUAUUUCUUCCAGCAGCUAAUAUCCGGUGUUAGCUACUGUCAUUCAAUGGAAAUUUGUCAUAGAGAUCUGAAAUUGGAAAACACUCUCCUGGACGGAAAACCAUCUCCUCGACUUAAAAUUUGUGACUUUGGUUACUCCAAGUCUGCUCUACUGCACUCUCAACCUAAAUCAACAGUUGGAACUCCUGCAUACAUUGCUCCAGAGGUUCUGUCACGAAAGGAGUAUGAUGGGAAGAUUUCAGAUGUUUGGUCCUGUGGUGUGACUCUUUAUGUCAUGUUGGUUGGUGCAUACCCAUUUGAAGAUCCAGAAGAUCCCAGAAAUUUCAGAAAGACUAUCGGGAGAAUAAUUGGUGUUCAGUACUCCAUACCCGACUAUGUUCGUGUUUCUUCUGAGUGUAGGAAUCUUCUCUCUAGCAUCUUUGUUGCUGAUCCUGCCAAGAGGAUCACCAUUCCAGAGAUAAAACAGAAUCCUUGGUUUCUGAAGAAUUUGCCUAAAGAGAUCAUCGAAGCUGAAAGAAAAGGAUUUGAGGAAACAACGAAAGACCAACCAAGCCAAAAGGUGGAAGAAAUCAUGAAGAUCAUACAAGAAGCAAGGGUACCAGGACAAGGAUCCAAAGCUGGUGAUGGUAUCGGUGGGCAAGGUGCUACUGGAUCAUUAGAUAUUGAGGAUGUCGAGGAAAUUGAUGUUAGUGGUGACUAUGAACAUGUGUGAUGGAGAUCUUAAUUAGUCUAUGGCUAGAUUGUCUAUAAAGACAUAGCAUUAUCAAGAUUUAUCUCAUUGUGCAAUCUUUUGUUCUAAAUAUACUUAUUAUACCAGGCUUGAAAUAGGAUGUUGUGUUUAUUAUUUGAAUAGUUUUAAGAAAAGGCUGCAAUUGGUUACUA